AUGCCUCCUAAAAAGAAGACCCCAGUUCGCAGGAAGAGUACCAAAAGGAGGAAGACUAGGAAACGGAAAAUGUAUUCAUCAAAGUCCAGAAGACCCAUCAGUAAUAGUGCUCCAUCAACAAGUGGGGCACGACAAGAAACCCCACCACCAGAGGUUUUGGAUCUGCCUCGACAGGUCGAUGUGAAGGUGGAGAGGCCAGAGUUGAGCCCAGAUAUUAAGAAUGUUUGUUCUCAGAAGCUGUUCAAGGUAUUUGGGCAUCAGAAGUUUCUGAGUGUGCAUCAGAAGAUGGCCAUCAUGCUGGCGUUGAAGAGUACGCUUUGAUUUAUAUGUGUAUUCCAAUAUUUAGGUUUUUUAAAUUUUUUUGCAUAUGUGUAUGAAAAACUGCACAUAAAGCGUAUUUUUCCUUUAAAUCCAUUAUCAGCACUAAACUAUCAUUUUAGGACAGAACGACUUGAUGGUUAUCUUUCCUACCGGAUCUGGUAAAUCUUUGGUAUAUCAGUUGCCGGCUCUUGUACAUCCUGGAGUAACUAUUGUGUUCUCUCCGUUGCUGGCCUUGAUUGCAGAUCAAGUAAAGGAAUUACAACGAAAAGGAGUAAAGGCUGAGGAACUCAACUCCAAUGUCACUGGAGAAAAGUUCAAAAAGGUUAUUUCGGUAAGGUUUAGGUAACUUUCAUGAUGAUUGUUUGAUUUGCUUGAGUAAGUUAAUAUUUUAUUGUAAUACAUUUACUUUAAAUGAUGUCUUUAGGACUUGUCGAGCUCACAUCCAUUAGUUAAACUACUGUUCAUAACUCCGGAGACGGCUGAACGAUCAGAAUUCAAACAAGCUCUCCGGACGAUGGUAUCCAAUAAUACUCUAGCUUAUUGGGUAGUAGACGAAGCACAUUGUUUGUACAAAUGGGGAUGUCAUUUUAGGUAAUUUAAUUUUUAUGGUGCUCUAUAGUAUGACUAGUACAAGAUCCAUUUUGUUUUUAUGACGUAGUUAUUUGAAAUUAUACUAUCCAUAUAUAAUAAAUAAAACCGUAAAACGUUAUGUAUGUCUCUGAUUCCAGACCAAACUACAAAAAGCUGAUUGAAAUCAGACAUUUGGUACCAGAAAUACCAUGCUUAGCUUUAACUGCCACUGCGACCAACCUGGUGCAGCAUUAUCUGAAGAAGAAGCUGAACUCUCCUCAACUGGAUAUGCUACUGGUAAAGGCGCCGAUGUACAGAUCUAAUUUAUAUUUUGAUGUGAAGUUCAAACACCAGCUGACCAAGGGAGUAGAGGUUAGUACAACAUAUUUUUAUGUGAUAAGAUUUGUUUUAGACAGAAAUAUCAGACUUUGCAAAGAAAGUGCUGUAUCAAAAUGGAUCUAUCUCUACUGGCUGUGUUCUAGUGUUUACUGUAACAUGUGGAGAUGUUGAUGACUUGGCAGCUGCUCUUAAACUUCGUGGACUAAAAGUUCUUGCUUAUCAUUCGAAGAAACCUCAAAAGGUAAGUUUUAUAGUUGUUGAUUUGAGUAAUACAUUGUUAUUUAACAAUCAUUUGCUAAUUACUAGACUGAACAGUUUGCUAUGUAUUGUAAUUUCAGGAAAAAGAUGCCAUUCUCGACGCUUUCCGAGCCGGCCGUGCCCCAGUGAUCGUAUCAACAUCAGGCUUCGGUAUGGGAAUUGAUAAAGCUGAUGUAAGAGCAGUAAUUCACCACCGUUUCGCUUUGUCCAUCGAUGAUUACCUUCAACAAGCUGGAAGAGCGGGCAGAGAUGGGAAGCGAUCUUAUUGUAGAGUUUAUUUCGGCAAAGACGACCUGAACCUGCUGUCCUUUAUAUCUCGAGGCGAGAAGAAGAAGACUUCAGUGGAGGAUGCUCAAGGAUACUGUAUGGCUACAGAAUGCAGACAUGUUAUUCUAGCUAGGUCAGUGGGAGACGAAGUAGAUGCUUGUGAACGAAACUGUGAUGUUUGUCAGAAUCCAGAGAUUGUCAAAAAGUCAGUGGAGCUUUGUGAGUCUUCAGAUACCAGUAAAUCGAGGGUUGGAGGGAAACGAGGGCGAGGAGAUCUUCUAGAUAACAUUAGAGAAACGUGCAGGAGCUACAAGCAGGAGAAUGGAGAGGAGGAGACCUUUGGACCGUCCAGCUACAGUCCAAAACAAAAGAUCAUGAAGUUUGACAUUGCCAAGAGAAAGAUGUCGUAUGUCGACGCUGACAGAGGUAGGAUUCUGGAUAAUAUUUUUGGUAACAAUACUAGGAUCCCCGGUAUUACAAAAUAAACCAUUUUCAGCUCACGAAAAGACGGUGACUGUGGUGGGCAAGUUCGCGGCUCCAGAAGACGACGAUAAACGGAAGAAGAUGCGAGAUUGGCUACAGAAGAAGCUAGCCCAGAAUCCUUUAAGCAAAGACGAUGCAGAUGUAGCCUUAGCAAUGGCAUACGAGCUUGAAGACAGAGCGUACUCUAGUAACUCGUCAUACCAGAAUUACCAGGCCCUUGUAACGGGCUAUGUUAUGCAAAUGAGUCGGGACACAAAAGCGGGUGUAAAAUAUGUCAUUCCGAGUGUAACAUAA